AUGGUAGCUUCAGAUGCAGGAGCUAUGUUCUUGAAGGCUGUUGAUGGAUCUGGUGAGUAUAAGGAUAAAAAUUAUAUUGCAAAUAAGAUUUUAGAUGUUAUUAAAGAUGUUGGAGCACAAAAUGUUGUGCAAGUCAUUAUUGAUAAUGCACCUGUUUGCAAGGCGGCUGGAUCUAUUGUGGAGGGUGUUCAUCCUCAUAUUUUUUGGAAACCGUGUGUUGUUCACACAUUGAACCUUGCAUUGAAAAACAUUUGUGAUCCAAAAAAUACUGAAAGUAAUGAGGCUGCCUACAGUGAGUGUAGUUGGAUAUCUAAGGUUGUUGAUGAUGCUCAACUCAUUAGAAAUUUCAUCAUAAACCAUUCCAUGAGGCUUUCCAUGUCUCAACAGUUUGUGAAUUUGAAGUUGCUUGCGGUUGUUGAGACUAGAUUUGCUUCAACCAUUAUCAUGCUUAAAAGGUUGAGAGUCGUUAAGCAAGGUCUUCUUUCUAUGGUCAUUGACGAACAAUGGAUUAGCUAUAGAGAUGAUGAUAAACAUAGAGCAAUAUUUGUGAAAGACACAAUUUCAAAUGAUAGUUGGUGGGAGAAAGUUGAUUAUGUGCUAAGCUUUACAAGUCCCAUAUAUGACAUGCUUCGUGCUUGUGAUACUAAUCAACCCACUCUUCAUUUGGUUUAUGAGAAAUGGGAUUCCAUGAUUGAGCAAGUGAAAUUAACAAUAUUUCAACAUGAGAACAAGGAGUUGAAUCAACAUUCGUCCUUCUAUGACGUGGUGUAUAGCAUCCUAAUUGAUAUAUGGACCAAAAGUAACACUCCACUUCAUUGCUUAGCCCAUUCACUUAAUCCAAGAUACUAUUGUGAGCAAUGGCUUGAGGGAGCUCCAAACCGAGUAACCCUUGAUAUGGACAAUGACAUUUGCAUGGAAAGAAACAAGUGCUUAAGAAGCUACUUUCCGAUAGCGAAGGAAAGAUUAGAGGCAUAUGCUGAGAUUGCCAAAUUCGCAAGUGUAAAUGGAGAACUUGCCCAAUAUGAUUGCUCACAACAUAGAUGGGACCUCGAGCACAGGGAUUGGUGGGUGAUGAAUAAGUACUCCAAUUCUUCUCACAACAAGAAGAAGAUGAUGGUUGUGCAAGAAGUUUCAAGGAAAUUGGUUGAAGCCCCUUGA